AUGGAGAAUGUCACUGCCAGUGGGUUUCUUCUCAUGGGCUUUUCUGCAAAGCCCGAGCUGGAAGUCUUCUAUGCUUCUCUGUUCUUGGUCUUAUACUUGUUGGCUUUAACUGGAAAUAUUCUCAUAAUCCUCUCGAUUUCCAUGGAUCAGAGUCUCAAAAAGUCACCCAUGUAUUUUUUCCUGAAGCAUCUCUCCUUUUUGGAUCUCUGCUAUAUUUCUGUGACUGUCCCAAGAUUCAUUUGUAAUUCUUUCAUACACCGUGGAAAUAUUUCCCUCUGGGAAUGCAUGGCGCAAUGUUUUACUCUCACUCUCUGUGCUAUUGCAGAGAUGGCCAUGCUCACAGUGAUGUCCUAUGAUCGCUAUGUGGCCAUCUGCCUUCCCCUGCGCUAUGAUGUCAUCAUGAACGUCAGAACCUGUGUCCAUGGGGUCACCAGUGUCUGGAUCAGUGGAACCGUCUCUGGAGUCAUGCAUACGGCAGCUACUUUCUCCAUCCACUUCUGUGGUCCCCGUGUCAUUCAUCAGUUCUUCUGCGAUAUCCCUCAGCUCCUGAAACUCUCCUGCUCUAAUGACUACAUCAGGGAGGUUGGGGUCUCAGUCUUCUUCACUCUGUUGUCGUUUGGCUGUAUCAUCUUUAUUGGUUGCUCCUACGUGCAAAUUUUUUCUUCUGUGCUGAGGAUGCCAUCUGCAGAGGCAGAUCUAAGGCUUUUUCCACUUGCCUCCCCCACCUUGUUGUUGUCAUCUUAUUUGCUUCUACAGGUUUCUUUGAGUUUUUAA